AUGACUGUCUCUAAGACCGGUAGUCAGGAGACUACAGGCAAAUCUCGAAGCGGCUCAAAUUCACUAAACCCCGACGCACCCGAAUUUAACCCAACCACCAAAUCCAGCGGAAAGCUCAAUGCAGAUGCGCCAGAGUUUGUGCCAGGCCAAAUACCUCAAUUUGACCCUAGGAUGGUCAACGGGCCAGAAAUUAAGGGAGGAUACAAAAAUGGUCAUAUGCCAAGUUACAGAUUAUCGCAACAAGACCAAUACCUCCCAAUGUGGAUCGCACAGCCAUACCCAGUACACCAUUACCAAAUGUACCCAGAUAAUCAGAUGAAUUACAUCCCGUACGACUACGCAAGACAAACGCAGAAUUACCCAAUCCAAAGAAACGUAUACCCGACCCCAGUACACAACGAUUAUAACGUUAACAUGCCAUACAACAUGGUAGUGCAGGGAAAGGCGAAGAUGACUAACAAGACGGCGAAGACGAAGUCAAACAACAAGGAUGGAGUACCAAGCAAAGAAGGCCAGAAGGAAAAGGAACCACCAGUAAAUAGCGCAAGAGAUAGUAUGUCAGUAGCAACCACGAAGGAUACAACGAGAGACACGCUGACCUCAGUGAGAGAACCAGCUCCACAGCCACCAAAGCAACUUACCUGGGCAGAAAGAACGAAGCUGUCGACGACAAGACAGCUUCCAAAACAAACAGUAGUGACGACACUAGGAGGUCCGACGACGGCACCACCACAAGUGACGACACAAGUGCAAGUACCAAGACCAGCGGUGCCAGAGCCUAUCAGAGAAGUACCGAAGGAGAUUAGGCACCAGCAAGGCGGACAGAAGCAGCAAUUGGGCACUCACAGAGAACAGCCAGAAGUCUCGAAGAGGGGAGCAGGAGCAUCAGGAAGUCACCAGAACGCAGGAAAGGUGGCAGCGAAGACACUUAGUACCUCAGCAGAAGUAGCAGGAAGGGCCGAAGAAAAGACGGAACAGAUAUCGUACGCGAAGGUGUUCAAGGAAGCAGUGAGGUCAACAGCACUGAAGCAAGCAUCCGCAGCCGCGAAGGAGGGCGCUUUAGAGCACGCGAAGCACGCGCAGGACUUGAGGCAGACCUCAAAGAGGAACGAAGCAGCAGCAGUGGACUCAGCGAAGCCGGAGUCGAAGCCCUCAGCAACAGUAACACAGCCAACACAGACUAAGCACACAACACCGCAGCACCUAGCGCAAACAGAAGCGCAGGAGCAAUCGCAAACAGAACCACACACAAACCACACAAAACCACAAACAGAUUUAACGCAGGAACGCGAAGAAAGAAAGGAUGUAGUACCUCAGAAAGAAGAUGAGGGAAGGAAGGAGGACCCCUGUACACACGAUUCAACAGGAAAAAGGGAGGAAGGCAGAGAGGACUCCAGAGAGGACACUGGAGAAGACGCGAAAGAAGAACCCAGAGAACAGAAGGACUACAGCGUAGAGGCGAUGCUGAGAUACUACCUGUACCUGCUGAGCAACAAGAACAUGGUGGACGAAAUCAGAGAAAGGUACAGCCUGCCGCACAUCAAGUUCCUGACGACGAGUCAGACGUCGACGAAGAACAGCUUCAAGGAGAGAGAACGCCAAGAAAAAACGGAAAAAAAGGACUGGAGACACAAAAGCUACGAUAAAAACUUCGGAAACUUCAGAUUUAACAAGGAGUUCACGAGAAGUGAGCCUACGCAGCAGAUCAUGGCGAGCGAAGGCUCGUGGCUGAUGAAGCAAGCGAAGCAGAAGAGAGACAAGGAAGUGCAGAUGAGAAAAAAGAUACUAGGACUGCUCAACAAACUCACAUUUGAAAAGUUCGACGUCAUAUAUAACCAGAUCAUACAGUGCGGCAUCGACACACCGGAGCAUGCCGAAUUGCUGGUCAAGUUCGUCUUCGACAAGGCAGUCACGCAGCACCACUUUAUACCCAUGUACGUGGAGCUAUGCGCGAAGCUGUCAGUAGAUUUAUUCACAAUAGAAAGCAGCACGGCAAAGAAGGAGGCCCACAAGCAGCCCUUUGAAAGGCAAGCCACAGAACAACAAGCUGCUGAAAGGCAAUUGGCAGAACAAGCUGCAGAACAACAAGCUGCUGAAAGGCAAUUGGCAGAACAAGCUGCAGAACAACAAGCUGCUGAAAGGCAAUUGGCAGAAAAGGGCUCCCCAGAGCAGGAGAAGCAGAGGCCAGGGCAGGUGUCGGAAGAAAAGGCGAAGGUGGGCGAUAAGGUGGCAGAAGAAGCGAAGGCCCCAGCAGAAAUUAAGCAGUCCUCAGAGGAGGCCGCGGAGAGUAGCAUUAAGCUGACAUCAGAAGAAGCAGCGGGAGAAACGAGUAGAACGGUGGACAGCACGACCACAGUGGACACAGUGCACCACACGGAAAGCAGUCAGGGCUUUGUGGAACCGAAGCACGGGCCAACGAGGGCGGCUGGAGAAACGAGGGAGUACGCGAGGAUGAGCAGUGACUCAAGCUCAGCGUCAGGGUGCGAAGAGGAGGCGGCGGAGAGAGCGUACCCGCAAGGUGAAUUGGAGGAUCAUGAGAAGUCGCAAGUGGAGCAAGUGGCGGUUGACAGAUUAGGCGUGGACAGAUCAGGCGAUACAACACAUACGGCCAAGGAAUACGCACAGGUGGCAGCAGAGGCAGCUCCGGAAGCAGCGCAGAAGACAGAACAGCAGAGUAACGAACAGCAGGAGGCGAAGUCGACGAAGAGAAGCGACUUCAUAAGAAUACUGCUCAGCUGCAGCCAGGACAGCUUCGAAGAUAACCUGAAGCCGCUGGAAAUACCAAGUGACCUGGAGGGAGACGACAGGUUCGAGUAUGAGCAGAAGUACAAGCACAAAAUGAGAGGAAACAUGAUGUUCGUGGGAGAGCUAUUUAAGCAGAAGCUGCUGGCAGCGAAGCUGCUCAUCACAUGUCUGGACCAGGUGUUCAUGAAGAGAGAAGAGUGCAUACUGCUCUACAACGACAUUAACAUGGGAAACAAUCACCUGGAGGCAAUGUGCACGCUGCUGCAGACAGUAGGAAGGUCGUUCGACACGAACAGGUGGAAGCUUAUCUCGGACUUUGAAAAAAGAAUACAGCACCUGGAGGAACUGGGAAAAAAUGAACAAAUUUCGUUCAGAAUAAGAUGCCUGAUCAAAAACGUACUCGACAGAAGAAUGGAGCACUGGGACAAGUCGAUAUACCAGAGCCAAGAUCAGCCGUGUAAGCUGCAGGAGUUCAGACAUAAGCACUCAGUGACGUCGUUCGCAGUAGGAACGGUGGGAAAGGAAAAGGGAGAAAAACAAGAACAAGUGGAAGAAGCAUGGAGAGUGAGAAGUAAGAAGAAAACGACCACGAGCACCACAAGUAGCACAACCAGAGGAGAAAGAAGUAGAAGAGAAGGAAACAGAAGCUACAGCAAGGAGUCGGACCAGAGAAGUCAGAGCGACCUGAACUCAGAUGACCAGAUGGAGGCGCUGCGUGAAGAAAGCGAGGAGGAGGAAAAACUCGCGAGGACGGCAAAGUCGAUAGUGAACGAGCUGGUCAUGUCGUACGACACAGAGGAGUCGACGCUGCGCGUGGCAGAAAUGAACGUGCAGAGGACCGGAGAAAAGAGGCUCUACAAGGCGCUCGUGGUGGCCUGCAUGGAGGCGUGCUCGAAGGUCAACGCGGAGAAGCAGACCGACGUCGUGACGACCUGGAUCGUGGGCCUGGCGAAGGAGAGGGGGAGCCUCGAGAGCAUGCUCGACGGACUCCACGAGUUCGCCUUCGGCGAGGACGAGGCGAGCCUGGAGAUGCUGGCGGACGACUUCCCGCUGCUGCCGCGGACGCUGAGAUGCCUGCUGAGCAAGAUGAGGCCCGAGUGCGGCGAGAGCGAAAAGUAUAAGCAAGUGGAGAGCAAAGUAUAA